UGGUUUUAAUUUUAUACAAACCCAGUGACAAACACCUGGCAACUCAGUUCUUACUUCAGCAGAAAUGAAAGUAAAACUAAUCUGUUCCUGUUCAGUCAGGAAGUGGAUCUGUUUCAUCUGUGUUUGAGGGUUUUUACGUCUUCAUGUGCAGGAUUAUUAUCAUUACCUGUUUUUGAGAACCUUUGUGUGUUGUUUAUUUUGUAUAGUUUCAAUCAGUAAAAUGGCAGAAGCGAAUAUUUUAGGACUUCAGGAUCAGUUCAGCUGUCCAGUCUGUCUGGAUCUGGUCAAGGAACCAGUAACUCUUUCGUGCGGACACAGUUUCUGUAUGGUCUGUAUUAAUGGCUGCUGGGAUCAGGAGGAUCAGCAGGGAGUCUAUAGCUGUCCUCAGUGUAGACAAACCUUCACUUCAAGACCUGUUGUAAGUAAAAACACCAUGCUGGCUGAAGUAGUGGAGACACUGAAGAAGACAGGACUCCAAGAUACACGUCCUGUUCAGUGUUCAGCUGGACCUGAAGAUGUUGAGUGUGAUUCCUGCGCUGGGAGAAAAUACAAAGCCAUCAAGUCCUGCCUGGUGUGUCUGGCCUCUUUCUGUGAAACUCAUCUCCAGCCUCACUAUAAAUCUCCUGCCUUUAAGAAGCACAAGCUGGUCGAAGCCUCUAGACGACUCCAGGAUCAGAUCUGCUCUCAGCAUGACAAACUGAUGGAGGUUUACUGUCGCACUGACAGGCAGUGUAUCUGCAUGUUGUGUAUGAUGGAUAAACAUAAAGGACAUGAUACGGUAUCAGUUACAACAGGAAAAGCUGAGAAACAGAAUCAGAUGUUGAUGCUGCGGCGUAAAUGCCAGGAAGGAAUACAAGCGAGAGAGAAUGAGAUUCAGGAGCUAACAAAGGUUGUGGAGUCUCACAAGCACACUGCACAGAAUGCAGUUCAGGAAACUGAGAGAAAGUUUACUGAUCUGAUCAAAUCUAUUCAUAAACAAAUCUCUGAAGUGACAGCACUGAUCAGAGCUAAGAUGGAAGCUGCAGUUAGUCGAGCUGAAGAAAGCAUGAAAAAACUUGAGCAUGAGAUUGCAGAGUUGAAAAGGUGUGAUGCUGAGAUGGAGGAGCUUUUACAUACAGAAGAUUCCAUCCAUUUCCUGCAGUUGCCUCAGCCUAUUGUGCCUGCUCCUGCAUACACAGCUGUUUCAUUUAAAGAUACAGUAGAUUCUUUGUCUCCCUUAAAAGUGAAUCUGGAGCCAUUCUACAAACAGCAGCUUCAAAAGAUAUCAAGAGAUGUGAAGAAUAUCGUGAUCCUGACACCCCAAAGUAGAGAGGACUUUCUACAAUAUACCUGUCAGCUCACACUGGAUCCAAACACAGCAAAUGACCAACUUCAACUGUCUGAUUCAAACAGAAUGGCAAUCGACACAAGCCUUAAAUUGAAUUCUUUGUAUGAUAUUGUUCAACAGACAUCUAGAUGUCAUGUGUCAUAUCAAGAUUCAGAGAGUUCUGAAUGUCACUCCCAGGUGUUGUGUAGUGAGAGUGUGUCUGGAGCCUGUUACUGGGAAGUGGAGUGGAGUGGGAUUAAUGGGGUUUAUAUAUCAGUGUCCUAUAAAGAUAUCAGCAGGAUUUUACGCAGGAAUGCAUGUGUGUUUGGACGUAAUGAUAAGUCCUGGAGUUUGCUGUGCCAGUCAUCUGGUUACUUAUUCUUACACAACAAGCAAAAAACUAAAAUCCCCAUGACCUCCAGCUCCUCUACAAUAGGAGUGUUUGUGGAUCACAAAGCAGGAACUCUGUCUUUCUACAGUGUCUCUGACACGAUGAAGCUAAUCCACAAAGUUCACACCACAUUCACUCAGCCUCUUUACCCUGGAUUUGGGCUAAAUCACAAAUCAAAAGUCCAACUGUGCCACCAAAAAAAGAUGAUUUUGAAAUAGAUUAUACCUGAUUGAAACACCUUAAAUUAAUAUGAAAAAUAAGUCACACUAGCUUAAAAAAAAAAAAAAAGAAAAACACUUUCAUAAUGGUGAGAAAUUAAAAUGCUAACUGUUUUGUUUAAAAUCUAUAAAGGAAUUCUAUUUAAAAAAAAAACUAGUGUUGAAAGCUAAAUAAAUGCAUGAUCUAUGAGCAUUGUGUUUAAAAUAAAAUAGAAGGUAUAGUCUAGUGUUCAUAUCUACUAUUGUAAAAUAGUUUUCUUCACUUUGUCCUUGAUUCUUGAUUUGCUUGAUAUAAAUAUCCUGCAGUGUCAGAAACACCAUUACAGUAAUGCAUUCUUUAGCGUUAGUGACUCUGCCUCAGCAGGGAAGUGUGCUGUUUCUGUACCAGAAUACUAAAAUACUAGUAUUACUAAAAUGCAGUGGUACAAAUUUUUGAGAGUUUUUUAAACUCUCAAACUUUGUUUUAAAACAAUUUUCAAAAUAAUGAUUCUCAAUGUUCUAUUUUAUUGUUAUACCUUUAACUCUUUAAAAAAAUCCAACUCAUUUUCCUUUUACUAUAAUUAUCAAUGACACAUGUUUUGAUUUUUGAUGCAUUUUUUUACUUGGAGAAGAAUUCAGUGUGAUUAGAUUUUACAGAAACACCUAUGAAACAUCUUGUAGAGAAAUUUGACUUUUAUAUUCACACCAUUUAGGUUCCAGUCAUGUUAAAAUCAAAUGAGUAAAUCCAAGGUGUUCUGUAUUUUUCUGUUUGUUUUCUUUCUUUAUCUGUACUUUUUUUUUAUUAUCUUUUACAGCCUGAAACUGCUCACUGUGUUAAUAUCAGGUCGGAUAAACUAAUAGAACUCAAGAUAAAAGAAAAACAGAUAAUGUUAUAUAAUACAUUGGCAUCUUAUUUGUUGUUGAAAUGUACUUUACUAUGUUUAAU